GAGGUGGGGGCCAGGGGAGGGGGAGCGAGAGGUGGCGAGCGUGUGGCAGCCCGGGGAGGACCCUGCGGGCCGGAGACGCGGUCGGUCCCCAGCCCGAUGUAACCGGUCCCGCCCGAGCCCCGGCCCCUGCGCGGCGGGGGUGAUGUGAGCAGAGCCCAGGAAUGCCUUAUGUGGAUCGGCAGAACCGAAUCUGUGGGUUUCUGGACAUCGAGGAGCAUGAGAGCAACGGCAAGUUUCUGCGAAGGUACUUCAUUCUGGAUACCCAGGCCAACUGCCUUCUCUGGUACAUGGACAACCCUCAGAACCUGGCGGUUGGGGCAGGAGCUGUUGGAUCUUUGCAGCUGACCUACAUCUCAAAGGUGAGCGUGGCUACCCAGAAGCAGAAACCAAAAACUCCGUUUUGCUUUGUCAUAAAUGCCCUCUCUCAGAGGUAUUUUCUUCAAGCCAAUGACCAGAAAGAUCUUCAGGACUGGGUGGAAGCCUUGAACCAAGCCAGCAAGAUCACUGUACCCAAAGGCGGGAGCCUGCCCCCGGCUGCUGAAGUUAUCAAGAGCCCGGUAGUUCCUCCAGGCCUGGAGAAGAAGCCACAGGUGGCCUACAAGACAGAGAUCAUUGGAGGGGUGGUGGUACACACACCCAUCAACCAGAAUGGUGGGGAUGGGCAGGAAGGGAAUGAGCCAGGGUCCCACGCCAUCCUGCGAAGGUCUCAGAGUUACAUCCCCACGUCAGGCUGUCGUGCUUCCACCGGGCCCCCCCUCAUUAAGAGUGGCUACUGUGUGAAGCAAGGCAAUGUGCGCAAGAGCUGGAAACGUCGUUUCUUUGCCCUCGACAGCUUUACCAUCUGCUACUUCAAGUGUGAACAGGACCGAGAGCCACUGCGCACUAUCUCACUCAAGGAUGUUCUCAAGACCCACGAGUGUCUGGUCAAGUCUGGUGAUCUAUUAAUGAGAGACAACCUGUUUGAAAUAAUAACGAACUCCAGGACCUUCUACAUACAGGCUGACAGUCCCGAAGACAUGCACAGCUGGAUUAAGGAGAUUGGGGCAGCUGUCCAGGCCCUCAAAUGCCACCCCAGAGAAAUGUCCUUUUCUAGAUCAAUUUCCUUGACCCGACCCGGAAGCUCCACCCUUGCAAGUGGACCAAACCCUGCGCUGUUCAGAGGGCGGCCCCCUGUGGAGGAGAAAAAGACCCUCUGCAAGGCCCCCUCGGUGGCCUCCUCCUGGCAACCCUGGACACCUGUCCCCCAGGCCGGGGAAACGCUGCUGCCAGCUGAAGCGAUUCCUGAGGACUCGUUCUUCACGCCCCGACUUGGGGCGAGCAAGACUGCCGGUGGGUUGGCCGGCUCCCGGCUAAGGCACAGAUCGGAGCCCCAGCACCUGAAGGAGAAACCGUUCGUGUUCAACCUGGAUGAUGAGAAUAUACGGACCUCUGAUGUGUGACGCAAGCACAGUGCCAUGGAGGGGGCGGUGUCAAGGGGAGAAGGCAGUGAAGUGGUUUAUGGGACGGCCCUCAGAGGCACUCAUGUUCCUGUGGACUCUGUGGGAGGGGCACAUCCUGCCGGCUUGGUUGGGUGUUUUUAGGUACCAUUGUGGUGUAUUUAAUUUGGGAAAAUCACUCGUUUGAACCUAUAGACACGCUCCAUGGAGAGUAGGCAGGUUGUCUCUGGUUGCCUGUUCCACCAUCUUCCUAGUAAGGGGUGAGUUUUAGCAGCUCCUCUCCAGGGAGACUGGGAGUCCCAUUUCGCCCCUAACCAGGCUUUAUUUCCUUGUCCUUGUUUCUGUUCACUUUGUUUCCAGGCCAGGCUCUGAAACUUAGGCCAAUCACCUGGCGUUAUCCUGUUCUCGGGUUAUUGGCUGAAGUUUGACUGUGAAAUAGGGUGGUAACUCACCCAGCUGGAAGGAGGAGGUAGGGGUGGUGGAAGCCUCACGCUCCAGCUUGCUUCUGAUCCAUUCUGAGGACAGGGUCACAACCGAGAAUCAAUCGGGUUUAGAAGGUCUUCGGAGCAUAGAAUGUCUCCUGGGGGUUGGCUCUCAAGAUGACUUCUUAAGAGGAGCUAAAGGGAUUUCAGGGUAAGGUAUGGGGAAUAAUCCAAUCCCAGUGCAUCGGACAGUUCUGGAAAUUACUGUUUUCUUCUAGAUGUCCAAAUACUAUAGAGUCCGCAUUGGGAUGUGAGAGACACCCAGUGUCUGUGCCAGGCAUCGAGGAUAGGUGUAUCAGUGUUAGGGUUGUUGGGUUGUUGGGAACAUGGGCUGUGUAGAGAGUGUAAGAGUUUGCUAAUUCACAUGUGUGAUAAGUCACAUCUCUAUUUCAGUGUUGCAGGUUUGGUUUACAGCGGGUGUUGUGAAGAGAGGGAUUAUAUACAUUUAAGCAUCUUUGAUCUGUGUUUCCCAGGCAGAAGAAAAAAUCUAUUUUAGCAAAGACAUUACCUUAAAUCCUUACCUCACAGCCCACACUCCCCCCAACCCACUUCUUCCCCCUAUAAUGGGCCAUUAUUUUAAGUGCUAUGUAUUUGAUAUCCUGGUAGACUUACGUACAUUUUAUUUUGUGUGUGUUGCCUUUUGAGUGAAACUGUAUGCUUGCAUAAUCAAACCCUGUAAUUCUAAUGAGGGUCCAUGUCUUUAAUAGCUAAGAGACACAAAAAUAAUCUUGAGAUUUAUAUUUUUAAUAAAAUAGAAACUGGUAUAGAAACAUUGAUUGAGAGGUUAUGACUUUAGAGGCUAGAGAGUUCCCAGGUAGAAGAGCCUAGAUUGUGUUUUAGGGUAUUCCUUUUUCCAUUUGAUGAGCAGAUACUAUUUCCGUGUCCCUGGAAGAAUUUGCCCGUCCAACUUGGGGUUGGACCCUAAACCAGGGGUUCCCUACAAGGAGAAAUAUCUCCGCUUGUUUCCAUCUAUGACUUUACUCACCCUGAUGAAUUAUAUUUUUAAGUUAAAAAUUAAUGAUUAGAGGAAGAGCCUUAAACAAGGCACUUUUAUCUAAACAAACUCCCUCCUUCUUUAUGUCCAAAUUCAGUGUGGAGGCUGAAAACACUUGACCACAAGAUUCUGAGUAGCUUAAGAGGACCCUUAUCUUUCUGUUGGGCUAUCUAAUUCUUUGAUGUGUCACGCUGAGAACUUUUCCUGAGAGUACUGCAUCGGCAACUAUCCUGAACUUAAACUUGAUAUGGCCUAGUGAUUCUGGUAUUAAAAAAAAGGGAUAGGGAGUCAAUCAAUUUCACUCUUUCUCUUUUUACAGAUUCUUGCGUACGUUUGACCUCAGAAAUGCUUAGCUUGGGAAUUAUUUAAUAAUGUGUGAUUGAGACUACAACAUUAAAUAGCUUGGGUUUUAAAAGCCAUUUGAUACUCUUAAUUAAAAGUUCCUUGUCUCUGGUUUUACCUUUUAAUUUUUCUCAAGAAAACCCAUGGGCAUGUGAUGUUGGACUCAUGAAAUGAAAACUUGAUCUCCUGCUAAAUAUUCAUUUGUUUGUGGAAAAGAUGGCAUCUUUUGGUAUUUGAGUUUUGAAAACCUCUUUUGAAAUACACUGUCUGCCAGAUUACUACGGUUAAAUUAUUUGGCCAAUAAUAGUAAACCGAUCUGCUGACUAUUCAGUAAAGUCUACUUUGAGAAUGUGUGAGAUGAAACAUAUCCAGACUGUUAUUAUCUUGAUAAGGGAAAGCAAAGUUAAUUGGGGCAUGAGCCACAAAUUUCAGUUGGAAUUUGGGAAUUUCAAAUGAGACCCUGGUUAACAACAAAUAAAAAUGAUCUUCAGUGAAAUCAUCUAAGAAAAGCAUGCACAUUUCCAAACCUUAUUUCAGAAUUCCUUUUUAUGGGCGUGGGUGCGAUGGGGGGGCUUCCUUCAGGCUAAUGCCAGUAGUACACAUGCUGGUCAAAGAUGCUCCGUGUCCGUACUGGGAGGAAAUAGAAUAUGUGUACAGCACAAGUUAGCGGUGGAAAGUACAGGCUCUGGAAUAAAACCAAGUUGACAACAAAAAGGAGCCAGGGACUGCUUCUUGUGGAUGCAAACUCACCACCUAGCGCACCGAGUGACGCUGUGCCCAGCAGGACAGGAGUCAGGAUUUCAGGCGGUCUUCCCAGUGGCUGAACUGAUCUGGCCAGUGACCAUUCCUGAAUGCUUUGAAGUCAGUUAAAAGCAGUUUGGCUUUUUACAUUCUGUGAGGUAACACACCUGUGCUGUUAAGAAGUGCAUUGUGUAGAGUGCUUUCAGGUCAAUAUAAGAGGUACACAUCUGUUUCUCAGCACGAAGAGCUCCGGUGAGAGAGUAAAUUUACAAUUCAGGGGUUCAGCUCACCCGAAACAAGGGUUUUUCUCCCUUUCCUACUCUUGAUAUGGUCUAAAAAGACCCAGAGAAUCAAUACCCGGUGAGUCAAUGGAGCAGUGGGGGCGAUGCUUGUUAUCACUGUUAAAUUAGAUAACAGGCAGGCAACAAGAGGCUAGAAGUUGAGUUUCCACAGUCAACUUGGUUUAUAAACAUUCAUGUCAGACUAGUGUAUUAGACAUUUUCUACAGCAUCUCUUCUUAGCCCACCCGACCCACCGAUUCUGUUUUUCCUGUUAUGCCUGCAACAAUUAGCUUCCUGCUAGGUAAGCGUGUGAUUAAAGCGUAUGCCUGGCCGGAACCCGCCGCCGUUUGACCCCGUCCCGCAGCUUCUGAAGGUGUGGCAUGCAUCUGUGUUUUGGACCAGUCUGUCGGAGCUGUGAAAUGCACUCGCCGUGCGGCUGGAGCCAAGUGCAUGGAAACUGUUACGCUUCGCAUUCGAUGUGAUCACCUAAUUGGUGUGUAGCAAAAAAUAAUUUUCUAAAACUGUUUUGUUGCUUGUUUUGUAAUAAAACCAUGUGAAAUACUGAAA